AUGAACCACCAAAUCAAAGCCAUGAAGCUCAUCGUUACUGGUUGUACCGGGUUCAUUGGAGCCGAAGUCUUGUCCCAAUGCCUUGCUAACCCCUCUAUUACGUCCGUAAUUGCUCUCUCGCGCCGCGAGCUGCCAGAUGCUGUCGGUGACAAUCCAAAGUUGAAAGUGGUGAUUAUGAAAGAUUUCAAUUCGUAUUCCGAUUCUGUCUUAAAACAGCUUUCUGGUGCGGAUGCGUGUAUAUGGUGUAUGGGUACAACAGCCGGUGACAAAGCUUUGGAGAUCGACUACCCCCUCGCAUUCGGCAAUGCCAUGUCGAAGACGCUCCCCGAGAGCAAAAAGAAAUUCCGCCAUGUGCAUCUAAGCGGUGCACUAACGGAGAGGAAUCAAGAGAGGUCGCUCUGGUUCCUUGGAAACAUGCGGAAAGUCAAAGGAGCAGGAGAAACAACUAUGCUUUCCUUUGCAAACAAAUCAGAAACUGGAGGUAUGUGGGAGACACUGAUCGUCAAAGCUGGUUUCGUCACAAACGUGCAACCCAAGGGUCUUAGGGAUGUGAUAGGGCCGCGCAUAUCGAGUAGUAUCCGGGUUGAUGAGCUGGCUGCUACCCUAAUGGACGCUGCGAUGAACGGCAGGGAGGUGGAUACCAUCGACGAUAAUAUGGCUAUGGUUGAAAAGGGAAGGGCGCUUCUCUCAAAAGCAACGUGA